AUGUCCGCCCCGGCGUCCCGUGCCGUCCUCCGGCAAUCGCAGUUCCUGGCUCGCAGGACCGCAGUCAGACACGCCUCUUCCACCUCGGAAGCCGCUUCCAAGGCUGGCGAGGCUGCUUCUUCCACUGCCUCCAAGGCCUCUGAGGGCCUCUCUCGUGUUCAAUCCUCGGCUGGUCCCGCCAUCACCAACGCUGCUCAGGGUCUCGGUAACGCCCUGAAGAAGGUUGGUGGAAGAACCGGAAAGGUCAUCUCUUUCGUCGAGAGCAUGAUCCCCCCCACCGUCUACUACAGCAAAGUCGGUCUCGAGCUCGCCAAGCUGGUUUUCCGUGGACAGAACAUGACCCCUCCUAAUGUCGCCACUUUCCAGGCCUACCUCGAGCCCUUGAUCCGCAACCCUACGAACUCUGCCUUCGCCCCCUCGAACAUCAUUGCCCGGAUCCGCAACGCCAACAAGAAGGAGCUCGCCUUCGCCGGUGUCACCGCCGCGGAGGUGAUCGGUUUCUUCACCGUGGGUGAGAUGAUCGGUCGGAUGAACAUCAUCGGCUACCGGGGAGAGCCUGAGCACGCCGGACACCAUUAG